AUGUUCGUCCGCAUUCAUCUAGCAAAUUACAAUUCAUUAUCCACGGGAGCCUCACAGGACCACGAAGAAGAGUACCAAGGCUUCCACAAAAAGCAUAUCAUCAGCUUCAAGUUGCCUUCCCAUCAUGGUAAGUUAAGCCCUUCCGCAAGUUUGUUGUUUCUUAAUACUUAUCUUAUUCAGGAAUCUCUUGAUAGCGCGUUACCCCAAGCGACACAGGAUAUCGAACAAAAUAAUACCGACCUGGAUGAUCUCUAUCUCGCGUUACUCCAAAUGAGAUGGGAGAUUGAUGAAACUAUUGCCACCUUGGAAGAACCUCUUCGACACCUUAGCGACGCCGAGACAAUUGGUGAUAUACGAAAAUAUCUGAAAGAAUUUUCCAUAGCAUUCUGCACGCUUUAUUCAUUGUUUAAAAAGCUGGCCGGUUUUACGUCGAUGGGUAUGAAUGUAGCAACAGAGAAAUCGGAUGGGCUUAGAUGGCAUAUAACCGCUUUCUGGGAAGACUAUGGACAUAUACUGCAGAUCGUGUAUACAUGCUCACUAUGUCAUCAAUUACAAGAUGCUAAGCUUCGUCACGGGGUAGAGAACCUAAAGGAAAAGCUGCUUGAUUUACAAGUUGUUUGUGAAGAAAGGAAGGAGCAACUGGAGGAAGACCUGUUCCAUGGUGCAGAUUAA